UCAUCCAUUCACUGUGCUGAGGAACCUUGCUUGUGGCGGCAAAUAUCUACAGUUUGAAAGGGUUAAAAGCGCAUUCAAACUUGCUUUUAAUCAUUCUAAUUAACUUAAUAUUAGGACUAAUUAUUAAAAGCAUGUUUUGAAAUCAAUUUGAGUAUGACAAAAGUGAUUUCAAUAUUUUUUAAAUCACUUUCAAAUAUGUUUUAAUAUAUCCAAUCGAUGAGAUUCAUAUCGUGAUGAGGUUCAUAGGUAUUUGUCAUUUUUCGUGUUUGAUGUUUAUCCGUUUCUUUCAGCUAUGUGAUUAUCUUGUUACAUUUUGGCAUUUACGGAUACAAGUUAUAAAAUGCUUUUUCUAAGAGAGCACAUUAAUGUGGCUAAUUUAAUCAUAGCUUAUAAGUGAAGGCAUUAACAAUACGCCUCCUCUCAAUUAUUACGCUAUAUAGAAAAAGGAAAACAGUGCUUUGAGUUAAAUCAUUCCACUUUAUAUAAACCUAUCUUGAAAUUGUAAAUCAAGUAUUGAUUUAAAGGAUGGAUUUAGCUUUAAAAUAGUAAAUAAUUCGUCUACAAGUAGCGAAAUUGGAAUAAUUAAGAGCAGAAUAUAAAAAGGGUUACCGAUGUAUAUAUGAGUUAAAUAUGUAGUAGACAGGUUCAGAUUAUGUGUUUUACCACACAAAGGAGCGACAAGCUCUCUUUAUUGUAAUGAAAACAUAACAGUCAUCGAAUCCAUAGGAUAAAUAAUCAUAUUGCAAUGCUCAUGUGUACUGCGAUCAAAUAUUUUACUUUUGCUUUGAUGAUUAUGUUUGGUAGAAUUGGUUGCUAACAAAUUUAUUACUUUCCCAUUUCCCUGAAACUUUAUUCCUUAAUUUCUUAGUAGCUGUCUACUGUCUGCCACUUUUGGAAAGAUAACAAGGUGUAAUUGAAUCCCAAAUGGAGUUCUUCAAUUGGUAGUAGUUGAAGUUUGCUCCUUUUGAUUUAGAUUCAUAAGUUAAGAGCUUCUUCUUCUUCUAUUUGCCUCUUUUGAAGCUAGAAUUUCUUCUUUUUUAUGCUUUUUUGGCUUCAUUCCAGAACUCUACCUGCCAUUUCUUCUGAACCAAGCUUCCAUAUUUUGCUUUUCUUUUUCCUAUUUGGGGAGCAUUAGCAGAAAAACAUGAACCACAAGAAAUACAAAAACAUCCUGAAAGCUGACAAAAGUUGAUCCCCAAAUUUCAUGUGUCCCAAUUCUUUGUUGUUUCUUGUCUCCUACCUCUUCUGUCUGAUAUUUUUUCUGGACUUAUUUAGUAGUUUGGUUGGCUGUCUUUUGUUCAUGAUGAAAUCUGUUUCUCCUGAUUAUGAGAUGGACGAUCCUGGUUUUGAUGACAUUGAUCUUAGCCUCAACUUUUCCAAGUUCUUGAAAGAAGCAAAACGUCAUGCAAUAGAACAAGAUUUCAAGGCCUCUACAGAAGAAGAAACAGGAAGGAAAUGGUUGGCACAAGAGAAGAAGAGCAAGAAAUCAUGGAAAAACACCCUCUUCUCAUGGUUGAAAAGUGAAAAAAAGACUAAGCCAAUGCCUAAACCAGAGAAAAAUCCUCACACACCUAAUAAAAGACGUGUUCAUGUUUCUGGUCCAAUUUACACCGGAGCUACAACCACCGACAGCAGACCCCGACGCCAUCCGAUGUCUGGACCGAUCGCUAGUCUCUUCAAUCCUAGUAUGAGAACAGAUAUGGAGAUCCCAUAUAUGUAUCUCCACCAGCUCAAUACCCCCAAUUCUAAUCACAUUUAUGGUCCAAUUUAUCUUGUUACAUAGAACUACAUUGUCUCAUUUCAUCGAUGCUGAGGAAGCUUGCUUGAAAUCUUGUGUGUUUUGUUUUGUAUGUGUGAAGGUUUUGAAUGGCCUGUUAAAUGUUAUAGUUAUUAUGUUGCCAUGUUUGCUUCUUUUUCCACAAACUUACAA